UUUCGUAUUAAUCCAAUUGGAGUAGCUGAAGGCAAGUACUCAAAAAAAGAAACAACUCAUAGUAGAUUUAUCAGCGCCACAUGAUGAUGAACUAAAUCCUAGUUUAAACGAGUUAAUAGAUAAGGAGGAAUUUUCUUUACACUAUGUUAAAAUUGAUGAUGCAGUUAACAUCAUCAAAAAAUUAGGACAAGGGGCAUGGCUUAUCAAAACCGAUAUAACCGAUGCGUUUAAAAUAAUUCCAGUGUCUCCUCAUUUAUGGCCUUUUCAUGGUAUUAAAUGGAACAACAAAUAUUAUUUUUUCAAACAAUUAGUUUUUGGCUCACGUUCAAGUCCAAAAAUAUUUGACAAUCUUUCGCAAGCAGUGGGCUGGAUAGCUACUAACAAUUACAAUAUAAGGAACAUUCUUCAUUUAUUAGAUGAUUUUUUAGUAAUAGAGCCACAGAGUGCUGAUGCAGUUCAGACCAAAGAAACUUUGUUGUCUAUAUUUGAUUCAUUAGGAAUUCCUCUAUCAGCUAAAAAGACAGUUGGGCCUUGUAAAGUUAUUGAAUACCUAGGUAUAUUUUUAGAUUCGGAACUGAUGGAAGCCCGACUGCCUUUAGUGAAAGUUAACAGGAUUUGUGAAUUUAUUGAGACGUUUCGCAACCGCAAACAUUGUACGAAAAAAGAAAUCCUAAGUCUUUUAGGGCACAUGAAUUUUGCUUCAAGAGUUAUUUUGCAUGGAAGAUCCUUUGUGUCACAUCUUAUAGCUUUAUCAACCAAGGUAAAGAAACUUCACCACCGAAUACAAUUAAACCUUGAAUGUAGAUUAGAUUUGGAUAUGUGGUUGUUAUUUUUGAAAAAAUGGAAUGGUGCAUCUUUUUUCAUUAACGACAAUAUAACGGAAGCCGCUGAUAUGGAACUUUAUACUGAUGCUACACUAAAUUCAUUUGCAGGUUUUUACAAAAAUCAGUGGUUUCAGGGCGAUUUUCCUAUAGAAGUUAUGGAUGAGCAAACAUCUAUGGCAUUUUUUGAACUUUACCCCAUAGUCAUGGCUUGUGUUUUGUGGGGUCAUAAUUGGAACAGAAAGCGUAUUUUGUUCCAUUGCGACAAUAUGACUACAGUUGACAUUAUUUCCAAAGGCAGGUCUAAAGUUAAGAGUAUCAUGAAGCUUAUGAGAAAGUUGACUUUUCAUGCUGCUACACACCAUUUUAUUAUUCAUGCUCAACAUAUUCCUGGUAUUAACAAUAAUAUUGCGGACUCUCUUUCUCGUUACCAGAUGCAGAAAUUCAGAAUACUAGCACCAGAAGCAGAAGAAAAGCCAGUGCCUUGCCUCUUGCCUUCCCACAUAAUGAUGUUUUAGAACAACAAGCACGUAAUUUAUGGGACUUGUCUUUAUGUCGGAAAACAAAACAAACCUAUAGAUCAGCCGUACAGAGUUUUAUAACAUUCAUGAAUAUGAGCGGGAUGCAGUGCUCCGUUAAUUGUUUACCUAUAAUUACAGAGGACCAUUUAAUCUACUUCGCAACUCAUUGUAAGAAUAGUAAAAAGCUACAACAUGAUACUAUUAAAAUGUACAUAGCCGGAAUACGAUACCAUUACUUGCGUGCAGGUCAUAAUGACCCUACAGCAGGGACAGAACGACUUCCGUAUAUCAUGCGAGGUAUAAAGAAAUCUCAACACAACGUUUCUAGGAACAGAUUGCCUAUUACCUCAGAUGUGUUAAAACGUUUAUGCAACCUGCUAUCAACAGGUGUUUUCUCACCUUUCAUUGAUCUUAUGCUGCAGUGUGCCUUUUUGACAGCAUUCUUUGGUUUUCUUCGAUGUGGAGAGUUCACUUGCAAAACUAAGGACGAUUAUCUGAACUGCGUAGUAAUCGAUGAUGUUAAGAUCAGCCUAAUACAUGAUCGUUUUGUGUUAAAAUUAAGAACAUCUAAGACUGACCCUUUUCGAGUAGGAGUAGAUAUAACUAUAAAUGAAAAUGAUAUUUUUGGACCAGUGCAUGUUAUGAACAAGUACUUGAAGUAUCGCUUACAGAUGGGAGCUUUAGCAAGCUUUCCUUUAUUUGUUGAAAGUGAAUUUGAUUUAAGUAGGCCAUUAUCCAGGGAAACUUUCAUUAAUUACCUAAGACAGCUUUUAAUCCGUCUGGGUUAUAGGGAAAGUGAUUUCUGUGGUCACUCGUUCAGAAUUGGUGCCGCUACUUCAGCUGCAGCAGCGGGAGUUGAAGAUCAUAUCAUACAAACACUCGGUAGAUGGUCAUCGGACUGUUAUAUCAGAUAUAUAAGAACUGAUAAGAGGGUUAUUUCUAAAGCACAACAGAAAAUGUGUCAUUUUUGAAACUAUUGUAUUAUGGAUGUAGUUUAUUUUUACCUUUGUAUUUGUUAGCAUUAUUAUUUCUUGGGGGCUUUCACUCUUUCAUUUUAUGAACUCAUUUCAUUUGGCCUUUUUAAUUCCAGGGGAAUCAUACUCCCCCAAUUCAAUAAUACAUCAGAUAGGUUAAUUCCUGUCGAGGAACAAAUAGGUAUUUUAAAGUAGUAUUUUUACUACGCUGGGAUCGCCCAGGAGCAAUUAGGUUCAUUCCUGGGGAUCGCCCCAGGAAUUAGGUUCAUUCCUGGGGAUCGCCCCAGGAACAUUUUUUACUAAUCGUUUAAGGAAUUUUUAUUUUUCUCAUAUUUUGAUAAGUUUUAAAAAUUUAUUUUUCUCAUUUUUUGAUUAGUUUUAAAAAAUUAUAAAGUCAAAUUCUUUUAAGUGAAUGAGUAGCCCCAAGAAAGCCAAUAAUGUAUUAUAUUGUUAGUCAUCCAUUGUAGAAUUUAGAAAUGUACUGUUAUGUUACAAUUUAUUUUAAUAUUAUGUGUAGAUUUAGUAUGUUUAAUAUUUUAAUAAUAAAACAUUAUUCUUAA